CAAAAGGAGGGGAUAACUGCUUCACUACGAAAGACCGGACCGGCUGCCUUGUCCUUUGGGCCAUCUCUUAUUCCUUCAAAGGUUCUAAUCCUCUUUACAUAGUCUGCGCAUUGCUCUCUGCUUACCGUCCAGUUCGACGAGGAAAUUCAAGUUUUGACUGCGUGAGCCGACGAGCACAAGGACCCAAUUCAUAUCGAAAAAGAAAAAUUAAUAAGAUUGUUACGUUUUUUAGGACCUGUCUUCUACUCGGGCUUUUUAAUUUUCUGCAUCUGCAACCCUCAAAAACUCAAGGUAGCGAAGAUUUCGCAAUCGAAGAAGAUGGAAAGAGGAGGUGGAAGGCGGGUUUCGCGAGGGAUGCUCCCUCUUCUUGCCCUUCACGCUGUCAACGAGUAUUACCGGUUGGAGAGAAAGCCUCCUGUAACUGCUGGCCUCCUCGUCGCUAACGCUCUUGUCUAUUUGAGGCCUGGUUUCCUCGAUAAACUUCUUCCCGCCCUGGACGAGGUCUGGUUCAAUCCCCACCUCGUCGUCAAGCACAGAGACUUGAGGCGCUUCUUCUUGUCAGCAUUCUACCACAUGGGUGAAUCCCACCUUGUCUACAACAUGAUGUCUCUCCUGUGGAAGGGGAUCCAAUUGGAGACUUCAAUGGGAAGCAUUGAGUUUGCUUCAAUGGUUGCAGCACUACUAGGAAUGUCCCAAGGCAUCACCCUACUCCUUUCGAAGGCCCUUCUUCUAUUCUUUGAUUAUGAGAGAGCCUACUACUAUGAACAUGCAGUUGGUUUCUCUGGUGUGCUCUUUGGAAUGAAAGUGGUCCUCAACUCUCGGUCAGACAACUAUACAUAUGUCCAUGGACUAAUUGUACCCGCACGAUAUGCAGCAUGGGCUGAGUUGAUUCUCAUUCAAAUGUUUGUGCCAGGUGUGUCUUUCUUGGGUCACCUUGGUGGAAUUCUUGCCGGAUUUCUCUACCUUCAGAUAAAAAGUUCUUAUUCUGGUCCGGAUCCAGUGACAACUAUACUUCGAGGACUUACUGAUGUGGUGAGCUGGCCUUUGAGGUUCCUGAGGGACUUAUUGAAUUUCCGGAGACCUCGGAUUUCUGGCAGGGGCACUGUUGGUGGGAGCCAGACAGGAAGGGAUGUGUCCAGUUUGUGGAGAUGCUCAGCUUGCACCUUCGAUAAUUCUGGGAGGUUAAAUAUAUGUGAGAUGUGUGGUUCAAGAAGGCAUAGAGAUGGAUUGUCAUCUAAUAGGCCUCGGGACCUUUCUUUGGAAGAAGUACGUCGUCGGAGGAUUGAAAGGUUUGGCAGAUGAUUCCAUCAUUUUGUAAUGUUUGAGAGGAGCAUCAACGGCUUAUAAAUCGGCGGUGAAAGAGUUGCUAUUUUAUUUUAUUUUAUUUUUAUUUUUUUAAUGAGUAAAGGAAAAGCAAGCAUGCAUUAGGUAA